AUGAAGCAGACCAAAAACCCCGCGCUUGCCAGGUCACACGACCACACAAAUUGGCCGACAGCUCAGAACCCGACACCUUACGAGAUCUUCAACCAGAAGAAGAGCGCACCAUACAGCAAGACCAAGUUCUAUGAGCUGGUCAAGCUAUACCAUCCCGACAGACAUCACCACACCGCCCACCACGGCAUCGCCCGCGCCAUGAAGCUCGAACGCUACCGCCUCAUCAUCGCCGCGAACGACAUCCUCUGCGACCCCGUGAAGCGACGAGCCUAUGAUCUAUACGGCGCCGGCUGGGGCGACAAGUCAGACAUGCAAAAUGACUACCGGGCUGCUGAACGCUCGUGGCGGCAACAGCCAGGAAGCGCGGCCAACAACGCUACGUGGGAGGACUGGGAGCAGUGGUAUCAACAGCGCGACGGGAAGAAGCAGGAGCCGUUGUACAUGUCUAACGGCGGUUUCGUGAUAGUGAUUGUCAUGUUCGUGCUUAUUGGCGGCUGGGGACAGGCGACCCGGGCUGGCGCUCACUCCUUGUACAUUGUCGAGAUGGAGGACAAGAAGCAAAAUCACAUUACCGCGGAGAUGAAGAAGCGGCAAAACGAGAGCGCCAUGCUCACGAGAGAAGGCAGGGUGGAGAGUUUCCUGAGGCAAAGGGAAGGAUGGGGCUACGAGACGGCCAGUGUAGGGCAUACGCCUCGAGAGCCGCAAGAGCCGCCAAAUAAGUAA